UUUUGUUUUUUCAUCACCGCCUGCUCAACAGCAGUGUCGAACUUCUUUCGCUUCCGUGAUUGUUCCUCUCCUUUCCAUUCCCACAAAAUUCUACAUGAAUUUUAUUUUGGACAAAAAUCAAAGUAAAAGAGCAUUCUAAAUCUCUUUAAUUCUUUGCUUUCCGUGAUUGUACUUCUCUUUGUGUUCGUUCUAUCAAGAUGGACAAGAUUGAGCACUCUCACUUGGAUGCCAAUGGCAUCUCCCUCCACACGGCUUACACAGGAAAAGGUAGGUCGGUCGAUCGAUCGAAUCCCCUCGCCGCAUCUCUUCUUCUCUCUUCCACCUUAAACCACUCUCCCUUCCUUGGUGUCGCAGGGGAUUUGGGCGCUGUGCUUUUCCUCCAUGGCUUCCCCGAGAUAUGGUACUCCUGGAGGCACCAAAUGAUCGCCGUCGCCGAGGCCGGCUUCAAGGCCAUCGCUCCCGAUUACCGUGGCUACGGCCUCUCCGACCAACCACCGGAGCCAGAAAGCACCACCUGGGAAGACAUCGUCACCGAUCUCGUGGCCAUCCUCGACCUCCUCUCCAUCCCCAAGGUGUAUGUCGUCGGGAAGGAUUUCGGCGUGAGGGUAGCGAAUGAUCUCGCUCUGCACCGCCCGGAUCGUGUGCUGGGCGUUGUCACUCUGGGAGCGCCUUUCAUUCCAGCUGGAGCCCUCUCUUGGAACGCACUUCCUGAAGGAUUCUACAUCCACCGAUGGCGGGAGCCAGGUCGAGCGGAGGCUGACUUCGGUCGCUUCGAUAUCAAGCGAAUCAUCCGCACCAUCUACAUUCUCUUCUCCAGGAGCGAGAUCCCGAUAGCUGAGCAAGGGCAGGAGAUCAUGGACCUUGCAGAUUUGUCCACUCCCUUGCCGCCAUGGUUCACUGAGGAAGAUCUCAAUGUGUAUGCUGCUCUCUAUGAGAAGUCUCAGCUCCAAUUUCCACUCACUUUGCCAUACAGGCUGGACAGGAUAAAAGGCGUUGAGAAUCCGAGAAUUGAGGUUCCUGCAUUGCUGAUCAUGGGAGAAAAAGACUACGUCUUGAAAUUUCCAGGAAUGGAGGAGUACGUCAGGGGUGGAAAGGCCAAGCGCUUCGUCCCUAAACUGGAAACUGUUUAUAUACCUGAAGGAAGCCAUUUUGUUCAGGAGCAGUUCCCUGAUCAUGUUAACAAGCUUAUCGUCCACUUCCUUAAGAACCAUUCGCAAGUUGAGGCAGACCAUUGAGUUCUCAAUUGGUGUCAGAUUAAGUUAAUGUCAGUACUAAAGAGGUCUUCAGAUGUCAUCAAUGUUUUUAUCUAUAUAUUUGUGAUGGAUCUUGCAGUUAAAUAAUGUGGUUGAUCGCAGAUUCCAUAAGUCAGAUGUCUUAUUUUCAUUAUGUAAAAUUCUCCUAGAGCUUAAAAGUGAAGAAAAUAAAGUUUAAUUUGCUUUGAUA